AUGACACAAUCAUCGAUACACGAUCAUUUUCAAGUGCCCAUUAUUUCACUAUUGCCACAACAACUUCUUUCAGCGUUGCAAUCUGAGAUUGAUAAUUCUACGAAUAACAGCACGACCCAAGAUGAAACUCUCACACAAGAACAAGUCACCACAUUAUUGGCCACUAAAUUAAGCACUCUUUUUGGAAUUCUCAUUGGCAGUUUUUUAAUCUCUUUGGUUCCUUUAUGUUUCGGAAGAAUUUCCUAUUUAAGGAAACGUUUGAAUCAAGGUUUGAUUAGUAUUGUGAUUGAUCAAUGCAAUGGUUUUGCAGGAGGUGUCUUGUUGAGUGUUGGUAUUUUACACAUGAUGAGUGAAGGUAGUGAAUUGUUGCAUGACGGUCUGGAAGCAUUGGGAGAUUCCACGGCUGCAGAAUAUCCAAUCGCUCCAUUGGUCUUGUGUAUGGGAUUCUUGGUUUUGUAUGGAUUGGAGUUUGUGUUACUUGCAUUCUUAUCGAAUUGGUUCAAAUCAAAGGAUUCUCAUGACCAUAGCCAUGGCCACCAUCAUGGACACAGCUGUGAUUCUCAUGUCGUAACCAUCGAAGAAAAGGCCUUAAAAUCCCAAACCAAUGACAUGAAUCAUUCUCAAGAAAUGCUCGAAGAAUUGCCCACGAGCACCAGCGUUCAAUUCAACAGUCAGGAUGCUUUGGACACGAGCAUGAUGGACGAAACCUCAACCACCGCUGCCGAUCAACCACCACAAGGAGCUCAAUCUCCAUCUCUUGUCGAUAUUGAAAAUCAAGCCAAGACCACCUGCGAGCCAACAGUCUGUGCCCAACAUCAUGCUCAUCACGAUCAUGGACACAAUAGUGGAGAUCACACGGCAUGUGCACAUCAUGAAGCCACUCAAAUGCUUUUCGAAACCAAUCACAAACAUGGAAUUCCAUUGGUUUUGACAGCCAUUGUGUUAUGGUUGGCACUUUCGACACAUUCGAUUUUUAUUGGAUUGGGAUUUGGAGCUGAACUUGACAUUGGAAAUAUGUGGAGUAUUUUUGCAGCCAUCAUUGCGCAUCAGUUUAUUGAGGCAUUUUCAUUGGGAUCGAUUGUCGAGAAGGGUUGUAAAAGUUUGUGGAUGGCCGUUGCAUUGUUGUUUUUGUAUUCCAUUUCAGUGCCAGUAGGUAUUGGAAUUGGAUUGGGAAUUGUUUCGGCUGCUCAAUCGAAUGCACUUGAAAAUGAUAGUUGGAAAGUGACACAGGGAAUACUCAUGUCGAUUGCUGCUGGAGCAUUUGUAUAUGUUUCAUUGAUGGAGAUUGCAAUCCAUCAGCCAAAGAAUAAGUUUUUGAAAUUGCUGCGAUUUUGUUUAAUGCUUGUUGGUUUUGCUGCCAUGGCAAUUUUGGCUAUUUGGGCUUGA